UGUUAGUUAUUAGUCUUUGGUUAUGGAAAGUGAUGAGUUGUACAAUGUUCUUGGAGUUCAUCCUUCUGCCUCCGAGCUUCAAAUUCGCAGGGCUUACUACCUCAAGGCUAGGCAAGUUCACCCUGAUAAAAACCCUAAUGAUCCUCAGGCAGCUCAAAGAUUUCAGGUACUAGGAGAAGCAUACCAAGUUUUAAGCGAUCCAGCACAAAGGGAAGCAUACGAUCGAAAUGGAAAGCAUCACGUUCCUAAGGAAGCAAUGCUGGAUCCCACUGCUGUUUUUGCCAUUCUCUUUGGAAGUGAGGUUUUUGAAGAUUAUAUAGGCCACCUACCUGUCGCAGCAUCAAUGUCUUCCGCACAAUUAAUCAACACUCUCACUCAAUAUGAUGAUGUUGAUGAUGAUGAUGGUAAACUUCUUCACGACAGACUCAAGGGUGUUCAAAGAGAAAGAGAAGAAAAGCUUGCUAGGAAGCUAAGGGACUUUCUUCAACCUUAUGUCUGCGGCGACAAGCGAGGCUUCUUAAAACAAGCUCGAUCCGAGGCUGAAAAGCUUUCACAAACAGCAUUCGGGGCUGAAACUUUGAACACCAUAGGAUACAUAUACACAAGACAGGCGGCGCAAGAGCUAGGCAAGAAAGCUAUAUACCUCGGCGUGCCGUUCAUGGCCGAGUGGGUUCGCAACAAAGGACAUUUCUUGAAAUCGCAAUUCACUGCAGCCAAAGGCACUUUCCAGCUGCUCCAAGUUCAAGAAGAUAUCCGGCGCCAAUUCAAGGUAGAUGGCGGCAGCGCAAGUCCAGAAACAAAUGACUUCAAAUCACAUCUAAGACUCGAUAAAGACACACUUAUAAACUCCUUAUGGAAGCUUAAUGUUGUAGACAUUGAAAUAACUUUACUACAUGUGUGUCAAAUGGUGCUGCAAGAAAGCUAUGUAAGGAAAGAAGAACUCAAACUAAGAGCAGUGGCACUGAAAAUCUUAGGGAAAGUCUUUCAGAGCCAAAAGAAUAUUCCGAAUGCCGGGACAUCAAAGAAUAAAAUGGCUUCAGCUGACGAAGAUGAUGACACUACUAGUUCAGACAGCAGCGAUGAAGAGGACUCGCCGCGAUCACUCAGCUACCGGACUCCAUUACUUACACAGGGAAUCGGAAGACUCUUCAAGUGUCUUUGCAACCCAGCAUUCGAUGUUGAUGAUGAUGAUGAUGAAAUAGUUUAUAGAGGAAGACGAUAAGUUUCUUCGAAACAACAUCCAAUCCAUCAUAUGAUUUUCAAAAGCUUGGAUCUUUGUUUUUGUAACAUCAAUCAAAAGAACACUUUCCAUAUAUGUAAUGAAAACUUCAAAAGCUAAAUGUUUGUUUUCUAGUAAUGUAA